ACUUGCCACACGCAUGUUGUUAUUAGGUUUGAAGAGGACAAGGAUCUCCUAAAAUUUCUCUUUUUAAUUUCAAGUCUAAAAAGCUAAAAUGCUGUAAGGCCAACUAAUGAUAUUAACUGACUUUUCUGAAGUGAAUGAUUAGGGUGUUAGUACCAGUGGUAGGGGUAGAUGACAGCUGCCAAUCAUCCACCAACUUUGUUAAACAGAAAAUAAUAUUCUAUUGGAAUAUAUUUUAUGAAGAAAAAAACAUUCACAAGGAAGAUUGUAUUCUUGAUCAGUGUGUAAAUCAAGGCAACAAUCAUGUUUAGACUCUGUGUUGUGGGAAGUGGUGGUGUAGGCAAGAGUUCAGUUACAAUACGAUAUUUGAAAAAUGAAUUUACAGAGUACUAUGAUCCUACUUUAGAGGAGGUGUACAGAGCACGGAUUGAAUACAAUGGUAAAGUGUAUAACAUAGAAAUAGUGGAUACUGCUGGCCAAGAAGAGUUUAGUUCUUUCCGUGAUUCCUCUCUUGCAACUGGAGAUGCAUUUUUGGUUCUGUUUGCUAUAAACUCUGCAUCAAGUUGGCAUGAAUUGAAAGACCUACGAAGAAAAAUCAUUCAAGACCAUGAAACAAAUAGUACCUCAACGAUACCAAUGGUGAUUGUGGCCAACAAACUGGAUUUAGAAGAGGAACGAGAAACAAGCAAAGAUGAAGUUAUGGAAUACUGUAACUCAAUGAACACUCCCUUCAUUGAAACAUCUGCAAAGACUGGACUAAAUGUACAUGAAAGUUUUCAAUUAAUGAUGAGGCAAAUUCAUCGAAUCCAGCCUUCUUUAUUAGAAAGGACUGUACCCAUUAGUUUGGAAGAGAAUGGCAAGAAAAAAGACUGCYUGAUACUGUAAUUCCAUGAAAUGUGUCGUGUUGGAGCUUGAAUUUUCAUUUAAGCCCUUUGGAGUGGAAUCAAAUGACCUGAGCCUUUUCCUGCCCUGUGUUGUUAAUUAUARACAUCCAUGGUAAAGAAGUAACAGAAGCUCUGAAAGGAUUACACAUUGUAACAAAUGUGCAUGAUGCCUUUGAUAUUAAAGUUGACAUAUCUAGAAGUUCUGAAAGAGCCUGCAAGAUAUAUUAAUGGGAUAURUUUUAAUUUAGGGUGCAAAGUAUUUAAUAUUACAAAGACCAAGCUUUAAAUAAGUUCAAUCAAGUUCUUGAAACUUAUAGUCAGACACUGGGUUAGUUUAAAUUAUGACAGACUAUUGUUUCACAAUAAGUGACAUGAAAUUAUGUUCUGGUGGUAACUAUUACUGCUUUUAUAUUGUUAGUCAGAAGGAARUAUUUUAGAUUGUUUAAUUAAAUACUGCCAACUUGAAAUCUGUCAA